ACGUCCAAGCUCGUCGUUCUCGUUAUUUGCUUACUCCAACACUCAACUACUCUUUGCCCCAAAAACCUAUCUUUUUACUCUUCCCCUCUACUCCAAACUCAGCAAAUAUCAACACCCUUCUCUCUCUCUCUCAGCAAAAAAAAUCCCGGAAAAAUGGCACAUUCUUGCAUAGCUACAACUUCCUCCGUCUCAAAAUUCAAGUACCCAAUUGAAUCUUGCACUCUUCCCCAAGCCCACCCCGUUUCCCUCCCAUUUAAACAUCUUCCCUUCAGGAAAUUAAAGACUGUUGGGAAGGGGAAGAAUAGGGGAAACAGCACCGUGAAAGCCGUAUAUUCCGGAGCUGAGUGGGAUUCAGCUAAGGCUUCACCUACAGGAAUUUGGUCUAUAAGAGAUGAUUUGCAAGUUCCAUCAUCACCUUAUUUUCCUACAUAUUCCCAAGCUCAAGGACCACCUCCGAUGGUACAAGAGAGAUUUCAGAGUGUGAUCAGCCAGCUCUUCCAAUAUAGGAUCAUACGAUGUGGUGGAGCAGUUGAUGAUGAUAUGGCUAAUAUAAUAGUUGCUCAGCUUCUUUAUCUUGAUGCUGUUGAUCCCACAAAG